AUGAACAGCUCCGACCCGGUGGCCCGGCUGGCGCGGCAGCAGUACGAGGUCACCGCCGCGGUCGCCCUGGUGGCCGUCAACAUGACCUCGGGUGAGGUGGUGCAGUUUUCGGGGCGGCCACAGCUGGACGAGCUGCAGCAGUGGGUGACCGCCGUCCGCGCCGGCCUCAUCACCGGGAAAGUGCUUCUGAAGCCAGAGCAGUGGCAUCCGGUGCUGCCACCUAUCGACUUUGGUUCUCCGGCAGCGACUCUGGCUCCAGGGGGCGACGCUGCCGAGACGCUCGCUGGCUUUCAGGGUGCUUCCGAUGGCUCUCACGGCCGCCGGGGGGAGCUGUAACGACGGCACAUGUCCUCCGCGGCGUCGUGGUGCAGCAGCCUGCUGCUCCGGUCGGAGAUCAGAACAGAACAGAGAUCCGUGUACAGAGGUCUCCAGCAUCCGAGUAUGGCUUUCAUGUGGCCGACAGUUUCCUCGGCAAUGUGGAUCUCCUCGGAUUCUAAUUAGACAGACAAGUAUGUGUAUUGCAAUGUGCUCUCAUGUGAAGAUGUUUUCUUCGCAGGUUUGCGUCAAUACAUGAACGCACAUACGUCUGCUAAAUACUU